AAUAAAUCGUUAGGUUACAAACUGCUUUGGACACUGGGAGCUACCGAGAAGUGGUCAGGAAUUUGGAAAGUCGCACAGGAGGAGACGCUGCGAGUGAGCUGGAGCGGGGAUUGAAAUGAGACCGUGCAAAUAGGGGCCAAACAAAUCUCCGGCGGAGCUGACUUCUCUCCUUUGAUCUCUCAAUCCUGAAAGUCCAGUUUUCUUUUGUCAAACCUGCUGAAAGUAUCCUCGGUGCAUGUACUCUGUCUGUCUUGCUGCCAGUUCACUUUAGGCAGGCGUGUCUGCUGAUUCUGGGAAAGGAAACUGACUGGAAUUUCUUUCUUGAUAAACACGGAGGCAGAAAGAGAGAAUAAGCUCGAAUCUUGCAAUCUGCAGAAACGGGUGCCCCGGACAAUAUGAACUGGCACUGUCGGACUUAAGUUAACAAAAUAUAAUUGUGAAGGAGAGAGAAAUCAUCGAAAUUCCUUAUGAAGGAGGCAAAUACUUUAAUAAACAGCGUGAUUUACCUGCACUUGUUUCUGCCCACCAUAUUUGGAGGACCUAUAUGCAAAACAGGGAAUCCCGUGACUGAUGAUAUAAAGCGUAUUGAUGAAUUGGUUGGAAACUUGCCAAAUGAUUAUAAAAUCCAGAUAAAAUAUAUUUCUAAAAUCCCUAAUGUGACUGAUACAUGUUGGCUGCGUUUAACAGUGUCUGAAAUGUCAUUCAGCUUGGAUGGACUUCUCGAAAAGUUUGCCAAGAAUUCGUCGAAUUAUUUAAUUAUCGAAAACCUGCACCGGGUUCUGGAUGGUAUUCACAACUGCCUAUAUGAAGACAGGAAGGACUAUCAGGAAGAAUCUGAAUUCAAUUGUGAAAAGUCCAAUCUGGAGCCUAAACAAUACUUCAGUUACUUCAAUGAAAUCAUAACUGCAUUCCAAUUAGCAGAGGAUACCAAUCCAUGUGAUGCAGAGGCUGUUUGCAGGCCAACAGAGCCACCAGACGCAGGGCGUGGCUCCAACUCCACUGCACAUACUCUGGAGCAGACAAAUAAAACCCGUGCGCCAAAGUGUGAACGCACACAUCCGGAGCUGGGUAGGCUGGUCCGUGCUAAAAGACACUCUCUCACAGCCAAAGAGACAACUCCGGAAACAGGAGAUCCAAAUACGAUGAAAGGAGAAUGUGCUCACUGUGUCACAUCAGUCAACUAUUUACCUGCGAUUGGAAUCAGCAUUGUUUGCAUUGUGAUCAUUACUACAUUUCUCACAUAUCUGGUUAUCAGAGUGCAGAAGAACUGCGAAAGAAACAGAAGGAUUAAAAGUUACCAGAUGGACAUAGAACAGGAAUGUAAAAGGGAAGAGAAUGAACAAGAUGGCCAAUUCAUCCUUGAAAAUCAAGAAUCUCUCACAUAAGGUCACCAACUGAUAAUGGGGUACCCAGUUUUGUUUGGCAUCUUAACUGGAGGAAAUUUCUCAACAUGUGUAAUAUAUCUAUUUGACAUGAAAUAAGGAUUGGGAUUGGUGCAAUGAGCCACUGGAACCCCUCUGGCAUCCUACUUACAGGAGUGUCCCCCCCCGGGAAGUGAUGUGGAUAUGUUGGCUGGACAGAGUGUGUGUAUGUUUUCAGAGUGGAAGCCUACUUAAUAUCGUCCUAUUUGCCAAACGCAAGGUAUCUCCGUCAGACUGCAACAUAUAGGCAGACUCGGUGAAACUAACUGAGAGGUUAUCAUUGGAACUGAAAGUGGAAGCAGGAAGUGAGCAGAGGCUGAUAUCCUCUGAGGAUUAUUAAUGUUUUGGCCUCCUAAUAGUGCAAAAAUAUACAUUGGGCUUUUUACAGGCAUUAGUUUAACUGCACAUAAUUUAUUACACAUAGUGAGUGGGUUACGUUAUUUAAUAAGAAGAACAAGGACAAUCUGUGAACAUUGAUUCUGAAGGACAGAUCAUGUCAGCUAAAAUUGACUCGAGUAAAUCUGUUUUAAGAUAGUUUUCUUGUUGGGCUGUCAGCCAGAAGGGGAAAAAAACUUUCUAGCCAUAUGCAUUCUGCUCAUUAAUUUUGUUGUUGUUUGUGGCAGCUUACUGUGCAGAAAAUGGCACAUUUUCUGUUGGUGAAGCAGUGGUGUAAGUGGUAAUGUCACCAGGACCCCAGCUCUAAUGUUCUGGGGACAGGGGUUUGAACCUGCCAUGGAAAAUGGUAAAAUUUAAAUUCGAUAAAAAUUGAGAAUAAAUCUAAUCUAAUGGUGACCAAAUAUUCAUUAUUUUAAAAGCCCAUCUGGUUCGCUCAUAUCCUUUAACGGAAGGAAAUCUGCUGCCUUAUGUUUGAUCUGGCCUAUGUGAGACUCCAGACCCAAAACGAUUCUUAACUGUCCUCUAAGCAUUCAGGGAUGGGCAAUAAAUGCUGCUCCAGCUAGCAAUGCCCACAUUCCAUGAAUGAAUAAAAGCAACACCACAUUGAUUACCCUUCAAAAGUACUUAAUUGACUGAAAGAUGCUUUAUAAAGCUCACCUAUCUGCUGCCUCACCUGGCUGGCAAUCAUGGCUUAGUGGGUCUCGUUCUCAGCUGAGCCAGAAUCAGACCACAGAUUUGGCCACAAAAGCUGAGUUGACUGCACUGAGGGGAUGUUGGGGUACUGUCUUUUGAAUGAGUCAUUGUCUACACUCUACUGAGAGGAUGUAAAAAAAAUUUGAGGAUGAGCAAGGGAAAUCCUUCUGUGGCCUGAUCAAUGUUUAUCGCUCACCUCACUUAACCAAGACAGCUUGUGACAUAAUACAACACUGCAAAAAGUGUUUCAUUCUAAACAGCUUUGGUUGUCAAUGAUCACAUAUUAACCACAAAGUACCAGAGACUGACAGCAUUUAGACAUUGAAGCAAGCAAGAACAAGCCCCUCAGGAAUCUACCCAAAAGGGUCCAAAGAGCUGUAAGUCUGAACUGCUGAACUUGUUAUAAAAGAGGAUGAUUGUGUAUUAAUGGGAACCCAAUGGGAACAAGUGAUGUGUUGCUUUCUAAGUAAGAGAAUUGGAGGUCAGGGAAGAGGGAACAGAUAUUAAGUGAGGAAAAAAAAUGUUUCAGAAAAAUAAGCCUAAGAAUGUGGAUGGUCACAGAAUACUAUAAUCUGUGAGUCAUCGCUAAACACUUUGACUAUACAGUCAUUCCUCCAUAUCUGUGAGGGUUCCGUUCCUGAAAACUCUGUGAAUUCGCAAGUGCAGAGCUUAAUAAUUUAUGGUAACAAUAGGGUUAGGUUCCCAGAAUUUGAGAUUAUGACCUUUCACCAAUUAUUUUUGGGCUUUUUUUGGGUUAAAAUAAUAAGCGCCAAAACAUCUGAAAUCAAAGUUAAUAGAAUAAAAUGUUAAAAACAGUUGUAGUGUAUUGCAACUUACUAAAAUAACAGGGCCAGUCAUUGAUAGGGAAGGAUAUAGCUAGCUGCUGGGUGUGGGAGGGAGGAGAAUGGUGCAGACGUGACUCCCUCCCAGCCAGUCAACCCAAUGAUGCGCACUCCUCCUCUACCUCCAUCUGAUAGAUGUCCUCAACCUGUUCAUCCACCCAAGCAUCUACACCUUUGUUCAUGGAGAGAUGGGGGGGGUAAGAGCUGUGUACUGGAACAGGUUGGAGGGUGAGAUUAUCGCAUAAGUGAAAGUGCUCACUGAUAGACGAGUUUUGCUUGCGGAUCUUGAAUGAUUGAUUACUGUUUUUUUGGCACGAUUUCGCGAUUCGUGAGUUUGCAGAUACGGAGGAAUGACUGUAAAUACAGACCAUUCAUUUAGAACAUGCCUGCCAACACUCUAAUCCGUCAAUGUAAGUAAUUGGUGGUUUCAUCCUCAUCUUCAAAUCACCUCAGUAGGCUCAGCUUUCCCUAUCUCAGUCACUUCCUCCAGCCCUGCAAAACACACCGUCCACCCACCCAAUAACCUGAUUUUCUAUGAUCUACAGGUCCAGUAUUUUGCCUAUUCCCAUCUUCCAUCAGUCCACCCAUGGUGGGUCUUCAAUUGCAUAGGACCUGAGCUCAGAAUUCCUAACCCUAAACCUCUCCACCUGUCUCCUCAUCUCUUUCCCAUUUCUUACAACCCUACCUCUUCGAACCUAGCUUUUGUUCAUCAGUCCAAAUAUUUCUUUUUGCAGCUUGGGUAUCAGAGUUUAUUUGCUGACAAAGCUGUGGAGCGCCAUGGAGGUGCAUGGGGGGGUUGCAAUGUUUGAGGUGCCAUAACAAUUCAAGUUGUUGUUAUAGUGAAACAUUUUAGUUGCAUGACUACAAUGAUUUGAAAGAGCAAGGAAACAGUCCCAUGAGCGAGAUUUCAUUUCCUCUUCUUUUCUGUGAAACAUUCCUGGAUUUUAAUUGUUAUCCUGUUUUAAGGCUCUCCAUUACCAAAACAAUGUCUGUGUACCUGCCAACCCACAUGAUUUCCUCAGACAUCGCACUAUUUUCCAGUUUAGUAAGAUUUAAUUUUCUCCGCUCAUCUGAUGUCAACUCCACAUUUAAAGCAGUGUGACUGGCUGUCAUUUUUUAAAAAGAAAAUCUGAUUCCUCUCUCUGCAGUACAACCACCUCAAAAAAAAUUUGUUUUAAAAGCGUCCUCCUAGAAAUUACUGUUGGUGGUCUGAAUAGAGGAAUUUUAAAGGAUGCUGCAGAUGCAAUGGAGAAAUCUGUCCAAGUUUUCUGGCACUGUGAGUUGGAAAACACAAUGUACAUGGAAUGUGCCUAGAGACUGUGGUCCUGGCCAAAUUUGAGGCCCUCUGGUUGUUGUUAACAGACAAGUGGCCUGGAGGCCAAAGGUUUUGGGGAAGCAAAACCAUUUUCGAAAUCUUUCUGUUCAUUCACAAGAUGCGAGCAUUGCUGACAAGUGGCAGCUUCUUUCGCACCGCACCGCCCCCACACAACUCUUUCACAUUUUGUUUCCUUUUAUUCUGUUAUGGCAUGUGGGGUGACUGGCCCAUUCCAACAUUGGUUGUCCAUCCCUAAUUACCCCUGAAUUGAGUGCCCUUCUUUGGCCAUUUUAGAAUCGAUGCGGUUGACUCUUAACAGCCCUGUGGACACUUAGGGACAGGCAAUAUAUGCCAGGCCUAGCCAGCAGUGCCCCCAUCAACGAAUUAAACAAAAAACAUCAGCCACACUGCUUGUGGAUCACUAGCUACAUAUUGGGCACACUGGCUAAGGGAAGAAACUUUCCACCUAUCAAGGACAUUGAUCACCUAGAUGGGUUCCUACAGCAGAAAAUCAUCAUGAUCAGUAUUUGCUUCUAUAACUCCACAUUUAUUAAUUUACACACCACCUUCUGCCAUGCUGGGAUUUGAACCUACACUCUCAAAGCAUUAGCCUAUACUAAUGAAUUGGCUAGUGAUAUUGCCACCACACCACUACUUGUCCUUACUGGCAUGCUCUGCUAAGCCAAGAUUCAACCACACCACUGUGGGUUUGGCAUUGCAUAUAGGUCAGACUGGGUAAGAACAGCAGCUAUCUUUCCCUGAAGGACAUUAGUGAAUUAAAUGGACUUUUAUACCAAUCUGGUAGUUACACAGUCAUGUUUAUGGAUAGUAGCUUCUUACUCCAGAUUUAUUUAUUGGAUGUACAUGCCCCCAACUACUUUGGUGGGGUUUGAACUCAGGUCUUACCAGAUCAUUAAUCUGGGUUAAAAACCGAAAGAACUGCGGAUGAUGUAAAUCAGAAACAAAAACAGAAAUCACUGGAAAUGCUCAGCAGGUCUGGCAGCAUGUGUGCAGAGAAAUCAGAGUUAACGCUUCGGGUCCAGUGACCCUUCCUCAGAACUGGGUUACUGGAUUCCUCACCCAGUAACCUAGCUACAACACACCAAUUACUUCACAGCUCAAAAAUAUCCCCAUGGUGGUCUGUAGAGGGUUCACCCGCAUAUUUGAGUCUGCGUUUGGAAAGGGGAAGUAGAAGGAAAGGGAUGGGAAAGAGCCCUUUGAAGCACAGCUAUUUUCACUUGGCUCAAUGGGUAUCAGUGUCGUCUCUGAAUCAGGAGGUUGUUGGCUGAAGACUGGAGACUGUAAAAUUCUAAAGAUGACACUCCAAUGCAGUAAUGAGGGAGAGCUGCACUGAUGGGAGGGUGCUGCCUUCCAGAUGAGGUGUUCAUCUGAUGUCUCACCUGGUCUCUCAGAUAAAUAUAAAACAGCACAACCAGCGACACUAAAUAAACACAAGAAAUCUGGCCAUUACCACAUAACUCUUUGUGGGAGUUUGCUGUGUGUGGAUUAACUGCCAUGUUUCCUACACUGCAACACUUGCAAAGUGCUGUGUGGUAUUCUGAGGUGCAAUACAAAUGCAAGACCAUUUUGUGUGAUCAUUUUAUCACCUAAAUAAACCAUCACUCUGAAUAGGAACUGAAAGAGGAGAUAUAUUCAUAGCCAGAAGUGUCAGCAAUCACGUUUGUGGGUCAUAUUGUAUGAUGAUAUCACUGUGUUUGACUUAAACACUUGUUCAACAUAAUCGUCUUCAUACAUUGAGCUGUGGAUACAAAGAUUUUGUUUGUGUUAUACAUAUUUUAAGCUCCUAACAUAUUCACUG